AAGAUGUCAGCGCCCGUGAAUGAAGGAAGUGAAACAAAUUCUGAACACAUUUCAACUUCAAACAUGUCUUCAGAUGAUGCCACACUCACGUUUGUAGUGUACUUACUUGGCGGAAGUGUAGUAGCAUUAUGUUUGAUCAUGAAAGUGCCUCAAAUUAUCGCUGUUGUGAAGUCAGGGACAACCAAAGGACUGAGUUUGACCAGCUUGAUGUUGGAGAUGUGGGCGUUUACUAUCUUGUUCUGCUACCAGUUUGCCAAUGAAUAUCCAUUAAGUGCCUACGUUGAGUACUCUAUGCUACUUAUACAAGAUAUGAUUCUUCUACUUAUACUGCUGAAUGACCAAGGCCACCUCAAUAUACUGACAAUUGCUGCAUUUGGAAUAUAUUUUGCAGGUUCUACUGCGAUUUCUAUGGGGAUGCUUCCCAGCUCAAUUAUGUAUAUGCUCAUAAGUUCAGUGACUCCCCUUGCUGCCAGUAGUAAGUUAAUUCAGCUCCGUCAAAUAAUCGUCAACCGUGACCCCGGUCCAAUUAGUGCUGUAACAUGGGGUAUAGCAACAUACACUGCCUCUGUUCGCAUAUUUACAACCUUAGUGCAAACAGGAGAUGUUGCCAUGCUGAUCACAAUCGGGACUGCUGCUUCACUUAACUGUGCAAUGCUUAUAUCAAUAUUGUACUAUAGAAAACAAAAGAAAACCAAAAUGUAUUAAAUGUACAGUUAAACCUGUCAGGUGGAACACCUCUCGUGGAAUACUUUUAGAGGUAUGGAGGGUGUUCUAAUUACAAAGGUUUUACUGUACAUUAUUGAGGACAUUAUGUUUUAAUUUUUAAGGUUGAGGGUUGUUAUUGGUUGAUAUAUUGAUUUUGAAAUUAUAAGUAUU